GCCUGAUGGAUAAUCAAAUUGCCGAAUUGGAUAUUUGCUGUGUGAGUGGGCGCCGAGAUGAUGAGUCGUACCUGUUACAUCCAUAGGGCGCUGGCGUCAAAGCGUAGCUUUGCUUCUGACGACGGCAUCACUAAUCGUACGGCCCAACCCUCUGCUGUCACCCCGAAGCACCACACCCGCUUCGCACGACCGUGUUGUCGUCAAUGCGCUCACUGAUCCGCCUUGCCAAGCGUUUAUCCGGCACUCGUGCACUCCUAUUACACCAGUGUCUUACUGAAGGAUCGUUGAGCAUGGCCCCGCAGACAGCAGCGCACCUUGCACGGACGACCAACUGCUGGCUAUUCAAGAGCGAGCCGGACGCGCGGUACGAAAAGGGUAAAGACAUCUCCUUCAGCAUUGAUAAAUUCGAAAAAGUGGGGACGGAGAGCUGGGAUGGAGUACGGAAUGCGCAAGCUAGUGGGUUCAUGAAGAAUAAUAUGCGAAAUGGACAUAAAGCAUUGUUUUAUCACAGCAGUUGCGCGGUUCCAGGUGUUGCUGGUCUUGCAGAAAUAUGCAAGGAAGCGUACCCCGAUCAUACCGCCUUUGACACCAAAUCACCAUACCAUGACCCAAAGUCAUCGAGAGAGACGCCGCGAUGGUACAUGGUCGACGUCAAGUUCGUUGAACGUUUAGAGCACUUUGUACCGUUGUCCGUCUUGCAACAGAUCGGUGCAGGACUGUCACAUCUCACGAUAGAGCAGCGCAAGGACAUCGCUUAUCUUUCGGAUGAACAGAUCCACAACAUCGGCCAAAUGCCCUUGUUGAUGCCAGGGCGUCUGAGUGUUCAGAAGCCGGUCCUGCCAAUUGCUUUUGAGGCGAUUGUGCAGAUGGGCAAAAGCGGCGGCUUUGCUCACUGGACGCCGUCCAAAGGCAAAAAAGCGAAAAAACAGGAAACGGCUAAGCCAGGGGAAGAGCAGGGCCCGAAGAACCCACCCUCAAAAUCAAGAUUUGCGGGUGCACCCAGCAAGCGCAAAUCGGAC